UCAUCUCUACCUAAUGAAAUAGAGGGAGGCAGAGAGAGAACGUUCCUGAAAUCAGUCGGAGGCUGACAGUCAAGGACCAGUCCACUUUUUUGCUCGGAACAGCUCCUGCGCAGCGCUGUGUCUGUGUUUCCAGGUGUCGGCGACCGCCCGGCCGGCGGCUCCUCCUCCUCCUCCUCCUCUCGUCUCCGCUCCCGUCCCGCGUCUCCUCUUCCUCCCGCUUCGCCCUAUAAAGGUCCAGCGUGUGCGUGCGGAGAGGCGCGUUUUGCUCACGGAGACCCCCAUUGAAGGUGCGUCGUGAGAGUCAUCGGCACGACCUCCUCCUCCUCCUGUUCACUUUAAAGGGCAGCGCGAGCGAUCAUAGUGAAAAUCGUCAUCAUGCGAGAGUGUAUCUCAGUCCAUGUUGGCCAAGCUGGUGUCCAGAUGGGAAACACCUGCUGGGAGUUGUACUGCUUGGAGCAUGGAAUCCAACCUGAUGGGCAGAUGCCCAGCCAGAAACCAGUGGGGGGCCAUGAUGAUUCCUUCACCACCUUCUUCAGUGAGACUGGUGCCGGCAAGUAUGUUCCUCGUGCCAUUUUUGUGGACCUGGAGCCCACUGUUAUAGACGAGGUGCGCACAGGUACCUACCGCCAGUUGUUUCAUCCAGAGCAGCUCAUCUCAGGCAAGGAGGAUGCUGCCAACAACUACGCCCGUGGCCACUACACAAUUGGCAAGGAGAUAAUUGAUUCGGUUCUAGACCGGAUCCGCAAGCUGGCUGACCAGUGCACAGGCCUCCAAGGUUUCCUAGUGUUCCAUAGCUUUGGAGGAGGAACUGGAUCUGGGUUCACUUCCCUGCUGAUGGAACGUCUAUCAGUGGAUUUUGGCAAAAAGUCCAAGCUGGAGUUUGCAAUCUAUCCAGCUCCUCAGGUGUCUACAGCAGUGGUGGAGCCCUACAACUCCAUCCUGACAACCCACACCACACUGGAGCACUCUGACUGUGCUUUCAUGGUGGACAAUGAGGCCAUCUACGACAUCUGUCGCCGAAACCUGGACAUCGAGCGUCCAUCUUACACUAACCUCAACAGGCUCAUUAGUCAAAUAGUCUCCUCCAUUACAGCAUCCCUGCGCUUCGAUGGAGCUCUGAAUGUGGAUCUUACAGAGUUCCAGACCAAUUUAGUGCCCUACCCCCGUAUCCACUUCCCUCUGGCAACCUAUGCUCCAGUGAUCUCAGCAGAAAAGGCUUAUCACGAGCAAUUGUCAGUUGCUGAAAUCACCAACGCAUGCUUUGAACCAGCCAAUCAGAUGGUCAAGUGUGAUCCUCGCCAUGGCAAGUACAUGGCCUGCUGUCUGCUCUACCGGGGAGAUGUGGUACCCAAAGAUGUAAAUGUAGCCAUUGCUGCAAUCAAGACCAAGAGGAGUAUUCAGUUUGUUGACUGGUGUCCAACUGGAUUCAAGGUGGGUAUCAACUACCAGCCACCCACUGUUGUACCUGGGGGAGACCUGGCCAAAGUCCAGAGGGCUGUCUGCAUGCUGAGCAACACCACUGCCAUCGCUGAAGCCUGGGCCCGUCUGGACCACAAGUUUGACCUGAUGUAUGCCAAGAGGGCCUUUGUCCACUGGUAUGUGGGAGAAGGCAUGGAAGAGGGAGAGUUCUCUGAAGCCAGAGAAGACAUGGCAGCCCUGGAGAAGGACUAUGAAGAGGUUGGUAUUGACUCCUUCGAGGAAGAGGAGGAGGGAGAAGAGUACUAAGCAGUUCAUGUGAGCAGAGCACUAUGGCAAUGAGAUGGAAUUUAAUGGACCAUGGAACAGAAGAUCAUAUUGAAUCACUGGGCAAUGCUCCUGCCCAGAUAUCGCUCAUUUACAGCAUAUGUUCCGCAGUGCCAUGAAUGUGAAGCUCAUGAUGUCAAUAAGUAUGAGGCACCAAAUAAAAAAUGUUGAAAUAA